CGCCAUCGGGCAGCGCUCUCUCCUCACUCGCACAGCUCCAACCAGUCUAGCCGAUCAGACACGCUCUCCUCGCCGCCAAGAUGUUCGGGUUCGGGCACCACCACAAGGACCAGGCGCCGGCGGCGUCCGGCCCCAACCAGAUCUUCAAGAUCUACUGCCGGGCCUCCGAGGACUACUGCCUCGCCGUCCGCGACGGCGAGGUCGUGCUCGCCCCCGUCAACCCCAAGGACGAGACCCAGCACUGGCUCAAGGACAUGCGCUUCAGCACCACCGUCAAGGACGAGGAGGGCAUGCCGGCCUUCGCGCUCGUCAACAAGGCCACCGGCCUCGCCGUCAAGCACUCCAUCGGCCAGUCCCACCCCGUGAAGCUGGUGCCGUUCAACCCGGCGUACGAGGACGCGUCGGUGCUGUGGACGGAGAGCAAGGACGUGGGCAAGGGCUUCCGCUGCAUCCGCAUGGUCAACAACACCCGCCUCGGCUUUGACGCCCUCAACGGCGACAAGGACCACGGCGGCGUGCACGACGGCACCACCGUCGUGCUCUGGGAGUGGUGCAAGGGGGACAACCAGUGCUGGAAGGUCUGGCCGUGGGCCGAGGCGCACGCCGCCGUCGAGUCCGGCGCCACCAUGGGCAACAACCCCCACGCCAUGGGCGGCGGCCCGCCCGUGCACGCCGUGCGCGUCUUCUGCAAGGCCGGCGAGGACUACAGCCUCACCGCCCGCAACGGCACCGUCUGCCUCGCCCCCACCAACCCCAGGGACGACUACCAGCACUGGAUCAAGGACAUGAGGCACAGCAACAAGAUCAGGGACGAGGAAGGGUACCCUGCGUUCGCGAUUGUGAACAAGGUCACCGGCGAAUGCAUCAAGCACUCCACCGGCCAGGGCCACCCCGUGAAGCUGGUGCCGUACAACCCGGCGUACCAGGACGAGUCGGUGCUGUGGACGGAGAGCCGCGACGUGGGCAAGGGCUUCCGCUGCGUGCGCAUGGUGAACAACAUCUACCUCAACUUCGACGCCUUCCACGGCGACAAGGCCCACGGCGGCGUCCACGACGGCACCGAGGUCGUGCUCUGGAAGUGGUGCGAGGGCGACAACCAGCGCUGGAAGAUCCUCCCCUGGUAGAUGCUGUACCAGGAGAUCUGCUGCAUUGCCAUCGACACAUCGCCAUGGAUCAGUCCGGGGACAAGCCCCCCCGAGUCGUCGUAGUCGUCGUGUCCGUCCGUCCGUCGUCGUCGUCGUAGUCCUCCUGCUGCUGCUAGCGAAUAAUGUUGCUGUGUCCAAAUAAAACCGUGUGCGAUGUGUGGCAAUGGUGUUUGCGUGUGUUGCCUUGCGAUUGAGUCGGUUUUGCUGCGAGGAAGAAGAGGGUGUUGGAGAGAGUGGGGAGGGACCAUGAUUCUAAGGUCUGAACUUUGAUGUAACUCGACUGUGUUUUCUUGGUACUGGGACCUGUACUGUGCUACUCUGUGACCUGCAUUGUCUAUUUUUCUUCCAUCUAAUCAAUGGGCUCACCUAUCUUCCACCUU